AUGAAAGCGGGCACUUCACUUUUCAAACUGUUCUUGCUAGGCACGCUCGUAGCACUGGUCUGUUGUACGCGCUUCUUGCCUUCAGGGCGCUGUGUGCUCGCUGCUGGAGCAGGUGCGGAACGCCCGCGUAACCCGAGCAGCAAGUGGGAACGCAUCACGCACUACGCUUACCUGGACAUGGCGAUUGAUUCGGAGCGUAUAGGUCGAGUAACAAUAGGUCUGUUUGGUGAUACGACGCCGCGAACUGUGCAGAACUUUCUGCGACUCGCACGCAACCAAGGCGUCGGGGAUGGGAAGGGCAAGGGCACUGGCUUCCGCCAAAGCCACAGUCACCGCAUUAUUCCCAAGUUUAUGAUCCAGAUGGGCGAUAUCACUGCUGGUGACGGUACCGGAGGUAUCUGUGCGGAUGGUCGACCACGGUUACCUGACGAGAACUUUCUCGUGAGACAUCGAGGACGUGGCUACGUCUCGAUGGCGAAUGCGGGUCCGCAUACGGGUUCAUCUCAGUUUUUCAUCACGUUCCAGGAGACACCUUGGCUCGAUGGACACCACGUUGUCUUUGGUAAGAUCGUAGGUGCCGAGAGCGAACGCGUCCUUGCCCAGCUGGAGGCAGUUGGAUCGGCGUCUGGAACCCCGAAACGACUCGUCACCAUCGUGGACUCGGGUGAACUGUCGCCAGACGGAGUUCAAAGCGAUGAUGUACACGGAGAGCUGUGA